AUGAAGGCGACCGUCGCGUCUCUGGCAGCCGCCCUCACUCUGGGCGCUCACACCGUUCUCGGUGCCCCCUCCGCCGCGCUGACUGCUGCGAAGCGCGACAGUAUCACCCCCAUCACGGUGCAGGGCAAUGCCUUCUUCCAGGGUGACAAGCGCUUCUACAUUCGCGGAGUUGACUACCAGCCCGGUGGAUCGUCCAAGUUGACCGACCCGAUCGGCAACGCGGAGACCUGCAAGCGCGAUAUCCAGAAGUUCAAGGACCUCGGCCUCAACACCAUUCGGGUCUACUCCGUCGACAACUCCGCCGACCACGAUGAGUGCAUGAACGCCCUGGCCGAUGCCGGCAUCUACCUGGUGCUCGACGUCAACACGCCCAAGUACUCCCUGAACCGUGCCGACCCGCACCCCUCGUACAAUGAUGUCUACCUCCAGUACGUCUUCGCGACCGUCGACAAGUUCGCCCGCUACGAGAACACCCUUGCGUUUUUCUCGGGUAACGAGGUCAUCAACGAUGGCCCCUCGUCCAAGGCCGCACCUUAUGUCAAGGCCGUCACCCGUGAUAUCCGCUCUUACCUGAGUGAGCAGAAGCUCCGCAAGGUUCCCGUGGGCUACUCCGCGGCGGACAUCGACACCAACCGCCUGGAGAUGGCCGAGUACAUGAACUGUGGAACCGAUGACGAGCGCUCCGACUUCUUCGCCUUCAACGACUACUCCUGGUGCGACCCCUCCUCCUUCACCACCUCCGGCUGGGACCAGAAGGUCAAGAACUUCACUGGCUAUGGUCUCCCCCUCUUCUUGUCGGAGUACGGUUGCAACACCAACACCCGGAAGUUCGAGGAGGUGAGCGCGCUGUACUCCACCAAGAUGACCGGAGUUUACUCCGGUGGUCUGGUCUACGAGUACUCGGAGGAGGGCAGCAAGUACGGCCUGGUCGAGAUCAGCGGCGAUACCGUGAGCAACCUGAAGGACUAUGAUGCUCUGAAGGCGGCGUUCGACAAGACCUCCAACCCCAAUGGUGACGGCAACUACAACAAGACGGGUGGCUCCAACCCCUGCCCCGCCAAGAACUCCCCCAACUGGGACGUCGAUGCCUCCGACGCUCUGCCCGCCAUCCCCGCCCCUGCCGAGAAGUACCUGAAGAACGGUGCCGGCAAGGGUAUUGGCUUCAGCGGCAAGGGCUCCCAGACCUCUGGUACCCAGUCCACCUCUACCGCCGUGGCCGGCUCGGGCUCGGGCUCGGGCUCGUCGAGCAACUCGUCGUCCUCGACCACCACCGCGGGCGCCACUUCAUCCGGUGCCGCUGCAGGCCUCGCCAGGCCCUUCACCGUCAGCAUGGCCCCCAUCGCAGUCAGCCUGCUGACCAUGGUAUCGUCCCUGUUUGGUGCUGCCCUGAUUCUCCUGUAA